AGAAAAUCCGGACCUGCUAUGUGACGUCAUCGUGUUUACAUAUUUCGCUCGCUUGUUAGCACGAACAGAACAAGACUGCUGACAAUUUGUUUACACGCAUGCAAAUAAAUAUCUAAUAUAGCGUUUUGUGGCACCGCAGUGGUGUUUGUAUGGCGGCGCACGGCCUUUUGGGCAACGAGCCCGAGUCUAUCGACUAUUCUGUGCACGAAGCCUGGAACGAGGCCACCAAUGUUUACCUGCUGGUUAUUCUAGUCAGCUUCGGCCUGCUGAUGUACGCCAGAAAAAACAAGAGGAAGAUCAUGCGUAUCUUCACCCUACCUCCCACCGCGGGGAGCAGCCCCGAGCCGAACUUCUAUGACAGCCUGCAGAAGGUCCGCCUGCGGCAACAGUUGGAGAUGUACUCUUUGGCAAGGAAGUUUGAGCAGCAGCAGGCGGACAGUGUUCAGCUCUCCAUGGAAUGAGGAAGGCUCUCAUUCUGGUAUAUGGACGCCACGACACUUCAUGUUUGAAGAAGCUUUGCAAGCCUCUUCAGCAUUGCAGUGGCUUGGUGAGAGGAACCAAAGCUGUCACUGAAGAACUUUUUCAUGCUGGGAGAACAUCCACAGUGAAGAAUACCUUUAAUGUAACAUUGUAGUUUUGUUUUUUUAACGUGUAAAAUGUGCAGUCGUUAGUUGCUAAACCCAUAAUUCUGGCCUCAAACUGCAAUCAAUGAGGUUUUGCUAGCACAAGAAAAGGAGCAAAUCGGCGGUCGUACCAGUCAACAUUUGCAUUGUAAAAUAAGAACGAUCCAUUCAGAUUCAUACUUAAAAUAAAAGUGAAAAAUGAGAACACGAGCUGAUCCAUCUUUUC